GACCACCAGGCUGGUCAGGAUGCGCUUCAGCGAUCAGAAGGAGAGAAAGUUUGCCUAUUUAAGCGGGUACACCUGGGUCCCCCCGCCCCCCGUCACCUGUUUGGAUCAGGACCAGGCUCUCCUAUGAUGAUUGUGGCUGCUGCUGCUCUCCUGGUGACCAUCCAUGCUUCCUGGGCUGAAGAUCUGGACUAUUGCUACAAUAAGCCACACUGUGAUCCUUACGCGUGGGGUGAAGCGUUCCCUUCGUGUCACCCUCUACUUGAAGAACUUCACUCCCCCAUCAAUUUGGAGCAGGCGGUGACCACCAACCACUCCCUGGGACCUCUACACCUGCUGGGCUUCGACGUGGCCCAAGCGGGCUCAUGGACGCUGACUAACGACGGGCACUCGGUGGUCUUGGAGGUGGGCGGCGGCAUGACGGUGAGCGGAGGCGGCCUCCCUGACGUGUACCACACCCUGCAGCUGCACUUCCACUGGGGGGGGCCCGGCAGCAACGGCUCAGAGCACACCGUGGACGGGCGCAGAUACCCGAUGGAGAUGCACGUGGUCAACGUGAAGGCCAUCCAUCCCAACUUGUCAGCCGCCUUGGAGGAUCCCACCGGGCUCGCGGUGCUGGCCUUCUUUAUUGAUGUUGUUUUUGGAGAGAAUACUCACUUUGGACUUAUUUCACAAAAGUUGUCUUCAAUUGCUUACAAAGGGCAAACCACCAGCGUGACGCCUUUUCCCCUGAUGAGCCUGCUGCCUGAGAACAACAUGAGCCAGUAUUACAGGUAUUAUGGUAGCCUCACCACCCCUCCUUGCUCUCAGUCGGUGGUCUGGACCCUUUACGAGGUCCCCAUCUACAUCUCAUGGACUCAACUGGGCGACUUUACCUCCCUGAUGUUCUCCACGGAGAAGGACGCGGAGCAGGAGACACUUUUGAGGAACAACUUCAGACACGUCCAUCCCACCUUCAGCCGGGAAGUCUGGGCAUCCAGAGAUGCCAAAACGCUCACGGGGUCAACAGGGCGAACCCUCGGGUCGGCCGCGGUCCUCCUCCUAACAGUCUUGAAUAGGAAAUACCUUCUUUAGCCAGCAGCAAUGACAGACAAUUUAAAUCCAUGAACAUCCAAUCCUAAUGUAUGACCUUAAUAUGUUUGCUUUUUCAGUUUUGGGACAUUUUAUUUCUUCAUAUGGGUCAACAAGUCCACAAUGAUUAAAAAAAAGCAGUGAAACGGAUGUCAUUUUAGCUAUUAUUGGUCUUGAAUAGGAAAUACCUUCUUUAGUUAGCAGCAAUGACGGACAAUAAAAUUCAUGAACCUCCAAUCCUAAUGUAUGACCUUAAUAUUAGAGAUGUCCGAUAAUGGCUUUUUUGCCGAUAUCCAAUAUUGUCCAACUCUUAAUUACCGAUUCCGAUAUAUACAGUCGUGGAAUUAACACAUUAGUGUUCCUAAUUUUGUUGUGAUGCUCCGCUGGAUGCAUUAAACAAUGUAACAAGGUUUUCCAAAAUAAAUCAACUCAAGUUAUGGAAAAAAAUGCCAACAUGGCACUGCCAUAUUUAUUAUUGAAGUCACAAAGUGCAUUAUUUUUUUUAACAUGCCUCAAAACAGCAGCUUGG